AUGGAUAACCAAAGCAAUAUUCAUCGUGAUGAAGACACAAUGUUAAUGGAUGUUCCCAUAUCUGAUAUCACACCUCAAAAAUCAGAAGUUGAUGAUUUAGAGGACAUGAGUACACACUUGGAAGUAGAUGUGGAGGAAGCAAUAGCAGCAAUUCCCAUAUCAUCUGUCCCACCUCAAUAUGAUAUUGUAGAGUACAAAGUUGGAGAUGAAGAUGCAACACUAUGGGAAGAAUCAAAAAAUGAUGCUAUUGAGAUAAUGGAUAAACACUACAAAGUUGAUCGUAGAGAUGCUAUAAUGGCAAUUCCUAUAUCUUCUAUUGCACCACAAGCUGGCGUUUUUCUGAAUAUGGAUAAGCAUGACCAAAUGGAUGGUGAUGAGAAUGAAACAUCAACAGAAGUUCCUAUAUCUUUUAUCUCACUGAAAAAAGCGAAGGUUGAUGAUUUGCAGGAUAUGGAUAAGCAGGACCAAAUUGAUGCUGAUGAGGAUGCAACAUUAACAAAAGUUCCUAUAUCUUUUAUCACACUGGAAAAAGCAAAGGUUGAUGUUUUGCAGAAUGAAAUGAUACCAAAAAAUAUGCAUUACAUGCAUACACAUACAUUUGAACAGAGAAGGCAAAACUGGAUCAUCAAGAAUAUUUCUCGUCCAAGUGGUUUAAUAAUUGAUUAUGUCUACCAUCAUUUGGAUACAAACAAAAAGUUUCGAUCUUUGAUCGAGGUUUACAAAUUUCUUGUAUAUGGAGAAGUCCCUGAAAUAACGAAGAAAUUAAGAGAAAAUGAAGAACCAUCACAGGUGACAACGAGACGUAAACCACACGGUAAAAAAUUGGUAAACAAAUAUGUAGCGGGAACAUGUACCGAACCUUGCAGCGGAAUUUACAUUAAAAAUCGGGGAGAAGCUAAGUACUUAUCCGAACGUGACAUCCCUUCCAACAUUGAAAAAAAGAGAAAAAGAGGAAAUGAAGAUUUAUAUGGGCAUCAACAGGUGAACUUGGGAGAUAAUGCAACACAUGUCAACUCAGGAGAUGUUGCAUUAAGUACUCCCGUACACUCUUUUCUUUACCUUUGGGAUUUUGAGCUCACUCCCGAGGCACGCAAUGAAAAUCUUUCCUAGAAAAUUUAUAAUUGUAUUAGUUUUUCAACUAAUAUUG